AAAGUAAACAAAAUUUAUGGCGACACCAAUGUAUGGGGACAGGUUGAUGAGGUUCCUUUUGCUCUGUUGCCUCUUGUUGGUGGUGGCAUCCCACGUCGACAACAACAGCUUUUGUUUUUCCUUUCAUUUCAGUUUCUUCUGUAUAAAUGUUGCUCCAACUCUCAACCCACUUUCUUCACUUCUUCCCCAUACCACUAUCACCAUCAUGUGUGGUGUCAAGUGUGAACACACACACCAACAUUGUUGAAACUUGAAACCAACUCAAACAAUCUACCAACAACAUCUCCUUUGCACCACAUUCGAAUCCUCCUGUUACUAUAUAAAGAGUGAGAGAUUAUUAAAAAAUAAAAUAAGUAUAUAUAUAUAACUCCAGUUACCACAAGUCUCAUAUAGGAGUCAAGGUGGUCGAUUAUAAAUAUUCUUUCCUUUCAACCCAUCGAGGCACCAUUGCCAAUCAACCGAGCAGUUAAGCGGGUAAUAGCUUCAACAUUGGGACCCUAACGCCUCAACUAGGAGAUGCCUUUUACAAGAAUAAAUAGUGACACCCUAACGCCUCACUUGGGAGUCACCUUUUACAAGAACAAAACUGGAGCAGUUAAGUUGAAAGGUUUUCAAGAUAAACCUGGGAGUCGAUCAAGCACAGUAGACUUGAGAUCGGAACAUAAUUAGUACAGUACAUUUCUAUAUGAAGUAUAGAUAUGUGAAUCUAGUUUAUAAUUAGCACUGUACAUUUCUAUAAGUUUUGGAUGGUUAUUUUAGUUCUUGGUUGGGUUGUUAUUUUAUUUAGGCUAAAAGGUUUUGAAUUUUCUUAAGGGUGUGAGUCCUUUUAAUCAAUGAGGACCAAUUUCAAGUAAUCCAAACAUAGAAACAGAAAGUUCAACAGAAGGGUAGCUUUCAUGGCGUCAAAUACUGAUAAAGUUCAGGUCUUUGGAAUCUGAGCUAUGGUAAGUCCAAGGCACUGUAGUGUUCUUAUUAUUGUUUGUUUGUUCUCUCUCUCUCAGCUUUCUUUCACAUAUCCACCCGUGUUUAUCUAGAAAACCUUUCUUCCUCUUCUCUCUUUCUUAUGACAUCAUCAUAUUACCUUUGAAAAUUCUGUCAUAUCUGUGUCUCUUUUCUCCCUUCCCCUUAUUUUUGAGUUCCCAUAAGUUAUGUGGUUUGGUUUUCCGUUGCAUGAACGUGUUAUUCUUAGCACUUGUUGCAUCAAGCGUUUCAUGACACGUGUUGUGAAAUUCCAAAUUUAAGGUGUUGUUGAGCUGAGCCCCCUGUGUAAAGGGUGCACUGAGAAGUGAGAAGUAAUUUGUGUUGGGUUCACUUUGAAAUCCACACUUUUUGGAAGAUGUUGUGUGCUUGUUCAGGCGAGCAAUUCAAAUUUGAAGAGGCGCCACCGCGGUCACCUGACUCCUUGGCAACAAGGGAUUUCUCUGCAAGUGGCCUUUCUUCAAGGACUGGGGAUUGGGAAUCCAAAUUUGAUGAAACACAAGUGGAAGAUGUUGAAUCUACUCUAAAAGAAGCUCUCUCAUUAAACUAUGAGGAAGCUCGGGCUUUGUUGGGGAGGCUUGAAUAUCAAAGAGGGAACUUUGAUGCUGCCCUUCAAGUUUUUGAGGGUAUAGACAUAAGGGCUUUGACCCCAAGGAUGAUAAGGGCUAUAGCUGAAAGAACCAAACAAAGAAAAUCACGUUCCAAGGUGGACAAUGUGCUUCCUAAUGUGAUGUCAAUGCAUUCAGUUAGCCUGAUUCUUGAGGCAAUUUUGCUUAAAUCUAAAUCCUCUGAAGAACUUGGGCGAUACACUGAGGCUGCAAAGGAGUGCAGAAUUGUUGUGGAUACAGUUGAGUCUGCUCUUCCUAAUGGAAUGCCUGAGGGUAUUGGUGAAGAUUGUAAGUUGCAAGAAAUGUUCCACGAAGCAUUGGAGUUGCUUCCAAAUCUAUGGAUGAAGGCAGGUUUGCUAGACGAAGUUGUCACUGCUUAUCGGCGGGCUCUAGUCAAGCCUUGGAAUUUGGAGCCGCAGAGGUUGGCCUGUGUACAAAAAGAUUUAGCUACCACACUACUCUAUGGAGGUGUUGAAGUAAACCUACUCCCUCAGUUGCAAGUGAAUGGUAUAACAACACCUAUGAGCGGCACUGAAGAGGCUAUACUUUUGCUAUUAAUACUCUCAGGAAAGAUGGCACUUCAGGAAAUAGAUUGGGACCCUGAAAUAAUGGAUCAUCUUACAUUUUCACUUUCAGUUACUGGGAUGUUUGAAUCAUUGGCAGAUCAUGUAGAGAAGAUCCUUCCGGGAGUUCAUGAUCGAGCUGAGCAGUGGUAUUUUCUUGCUCUUUGUUACAGUGCAGCAGGACAGAAUGAAGUAGCCUUGAACCUUUUGAGGAAGGCUUGUGGUAGUUCUGAAGCAAAGCAUAGACCCCAUUUUCCUUCAUUUUUGUUUGGUGCAAAGCUGUGUUCUCUAAAUCCAAACCAUGCUCGUGAAGGAAUUAAAUUUUCGCAGGAAGUUAUUGAUCUAGUGAAGCAUCAAAAUGAGCAUUUUUUGAGUCAGGGCCAAAAAUUUCUUGGCAUUUGCCAUGGAGCUGCUGCUAGAAUAUCUGUACUGGAUUCUGAAAGAAUUAUAUUUCAAAAAGAGUCUUUGAAGUUUCUAAAGGAUGCUGCUCUGAAUGGAAAUAAUAAUGACCCGGAAGUGAUGCUCACUCUUGGAUUAGAAAAUGCAAUUCAAAGAAAUCUAAAUGCAGCUUAUGACAAUAUAAUGAUGUACUCAGACAUGAUGGCUGGCAGCUCAAGAAGAGGUUGGCAGCUGUUAGCACUAACAGUAUCAGCACAGCAGCGGUUUCAGGAUGCCGAAACUAUAGUUGAUUUUGCUUUAGAUGAGGCUGGCGAUAUAGAUCAGUUAGAACUACUGAGACUGAAAGCUGUACUUCAAAUUACUCAGCAGCAACCCAAGCAAGCAAUUGAGACCUACAGAAUCUUGCUAGCUGUAAUUGAAGCAAGAAAAGAGCAUUGGCUUCAAGCUAAGACAUUCAGGCACGAGGCAUUAACAGAACAGAAGUUGGAAAUGGAAGCCUGGCAGGAUUUGGCUACCAUUUAUGCAGAUCUUUGUUCCUUUCUUGAUGCAAAAGCUUGUGUUGACAAAUCCCAGUCGAUAGAAUUUUUUUCUCCCAGAAGUUGGCACAUCACUGGUUUGUUGUUUGAAGCUCAAUCUUUGCAUAAGGAGGCCUUUGUUUCCUUCUCAGUUUCAUUGUCAAUAGAACCAGAUUACAUUCCCUGUAUCAUCUCCACUGCAAAAUUGUUUCUUAAACUUGGCAUUCCAUCACUUCCAAUUGCAAGAAGCUUUUUAAUGAAUGCUUUGAGAUUAGACCCCACAAACCAUGAUGCAUGGUUUAACCUUGGAUUGGUUUCAAAAAUGGAAGGCUCGUUACAACAAGCGGCAGACUGCUUUCAAGCUGCAUAUGAGCUGAAGCUUUCAGCUCCAGUGCAAAAAUUUGAGUGAUUGAAACCUUGGGAGAACUGUAAUUUUUUGUUGUUGAGGAAAAGUGAGUUCAAGCAAGAGCAUUAUACAAAAGCCAUGAGCAAGCAACUAAUGGAAAAGAAAAUAUACCCAUGGUUAAUAUUUGUUAAGAAACCUAUAUAGCUACAUCUAGCUACUUAUUUAUAGAUUUACUUCAUUAUGUUCCAAUGAAAUGCCCUUCACAUUUAACAAGAUGAGUUUACACAGAAGGACAGAAGUUUGGCUUCCCAGGUGGUAUAGAAUUCAUUAUAACAUAAUGUCAAGCAGAAUGUACUAUAGUUUUUUGGGUCUCCUGUGAGGUGUAAGGUGAGGUUAAUCCCUGUAUGUAAAGUUCACACACAUAUAGCUUGAUUGACUACUUUAAGUUUCAAUUGAUAGGUAUGACUCUCCAUUUAUUUUGUAUAACACUCCUCAUUUUAGGAAAGUAAUAAUCAUCAUUUAAAACUCAUUUGAUAAGAAUUUCUUUAAAUGAUUGGUUAAAUAACAUUUUUACUA